GGAAUACAUGCUAACCAAAUGUCUCACUAAGAACAAUGUGAUGUGAUCUGUAGCUAUAGUUGUUCGUUAUGAAAGUGAGAUGUAACUGCUCUGGGCCAGAAGCUGCUGAUAUGUUCUGAGAAAACGGACGAACGAGAAACAAGGAAAAUGGAUCCUCCAGACAGAACUGAAUUCCUCAGAUUAACGGUUAGCUAUCUGCAACAGGGGGACUUAGUUCAAGGGAAAGAGUCAUUACAAAAAACUCACCAGUAUUUCCAAGACUUGUUGCCAAGUGAGUUAUCCAAACCCACUUUACAGGAGAUAGAGAUAGUAAACAAGGCAGAGAAAAUAUCGAUAGAGAAUGUGGCGUGGAGUCUUCGAAAUGGAGUAAUUUUGUUGCCCCAGACGUUCGUUAAGAACAACUUCUUUGUCUGCUUUGCCAAUGUAGUUGGUGCUGUUGCUUUAAUCACGAUUUGCGUUGAUAUAGCUGAGAAAGUAUUUGAGCAGUUAAAAGUGUACAUUGAGAAUGAUAAAGACGAAGAAUCAAUUAUUAGCCUUGGAGUUGCCCUUAACAACUUAGGUUGCGUGUAUAUUAUCAAAGGAAGUUUUCAAAACGCAAAAGUUAGUCUUCAAAGAGCUCUUGCGAUAUUUAGAGUACUCAAAACAGGAAAAGAGUGUGUCACUUUCGAGGAGAAAAUAUUAACAAUAGCAAACAACUUACGACUAGUGCGUCAGGCUCAAAGAAGUUAUGUAACUGACAUGCAAUUACAAAACGAUUUCCUUUCUAAUGUAAACCGCUUUGCCAUACAACCAAGAAUCACUGCAGUUGUUGAUUACAAUGAGGCCGUAACCUCUUUGGAGAGCAGAAAUCUUAGAAAAGCUUUGGACGAGCUCGAGAACUUAAAAGCAUUUUGUGAAACAAAAUUACACCUAAACAAGGGUUUGUUAACCUUCAUUUUGUUAAAAAUCCGUUUACUUUGUUUGAUGCUUCAAGCUUCUAGUGGGACCACGACAUUUAUUGAUUCUAAGAUUUCGACCUUGCAAGGGCUGAAGGAACUUGUUGAUGUUAGUACAAACUUUUCGUUAGACUUCUCAGUCACAACUGUGGAGACUGUGGCCGACAUUCACCUUUAUCAAGGUAAUCUUGACCUUGUCAGUAGCUAUUUCUCCUAUCUUGUACCGGUUGUUCGUGAAAGAUGUGGUGCAGAUCACCCAACAGUUGCUUCUUUUCUGUCAAAGCAAGGACUUGUCUUCCUCCAUUUGGAAAACUUCGCUCGUUCGAGGCAAUGUUUUACCGAUGCAUUAGAGAUUUUCACCGGAGCUUUUGGUGCUAUUCACCCCGAUGUUCUCAAAUGCAAUGCAGGUCUUGCGAGGCUAGAAUGGCUCGGUGGACAUGAAGAAAAAUCCUUAACGCACAGUCAGACAGUUCUGGAAAAUGUGGAAAGGAUUUGCCAAGUUUCACUUGAGUGCCAAUUGAAGCCAAAAUUCAUUGAAUUGUCUUCACAAAGCGAAAGAACACCAUCUCCUGAUGUCGAUCAUGAAGAACAACUAAAACUUGAAACUCUGGUUUCUGAGUUUGGCAUAGAUAUAACCAGGGUUCUCAACCAGCAUCAACCGAGUGAUCUUGGGGAUCGUCCAGGAGCACUCUCAGAAAGUGAUGAUUUUGUGGAUUCCUCCAUCUCCAAGGACUUCUAUGCAAAGCUGAGCUUUAACUGGUUGAAAGCUGGUCUUUGUUUGUUUAACGUUGGAGUGGAUCAAAGUGUCGCUUUUCUCUUUCUCUCGUUUACAUAUGCAAGUAUGUUUUAUGAUCAUUUGGAUUGUUCUGAAGUCAUUUUACUGAAAGUGAUUUUCCUUGUGUGUCAUCUAAAAUCUAAGAAGUGUCAAACUUUUCUGAAAAUUCAAGAGAGAUUAAGAAAAGAGUUCGGACGGUUGAAGAGCUUCAUUGAGGACAAAGCGAAGAGAUUUGAUGAACCGGAGAGCAAAAUUAUAUUUUUUGACGAAAAUACAAACUUGAUGGUUGCUCUGGCCGUAAUCCUUCGGACGUUUGUAGAAAUGGAAAUGUACGAGAUGAUAGCUGAUGUGCAUAGUCUAUUGUCUUUCCUGUCAAACCAACAGUCACCUCAGGUAACUCAUGUAUUUCUCGUUGAAGAGCUUCGGUUUGCGUUUUUUAGUUCAAACAUACAAUGUCUUGGCAAAGAAGUUAUGCAUGACCUGAUUUUGUUGACGCCUCUUGGGGUGAUGAACAAUCGAAAAGUCACUGACGUAAACGAUGCAGAUACUCCCUGUUACUCUCAAAGCAAGGAGCUUACAACAACUUUACGUGAAGAUGAAAACUUUGGAGAAAGGAAAUCGAGGCAAAUUUUCAAAGCUUUGGCACUCAAAACUGAUAGUAAUCAGUGGAAAGGAUCUCGCAGAUUUCUUGUGGAGUGUCCAAUAUCUCGUGGAGUUGAUAUUUCAGCACUAAAUGAAAUAAAUGCGUGGAGUAUAAAUGCAGUAGAAGACAGUCUGCCUCACUUGAUCUUAUGCAGCCCUCAGAGCAUAGAAUUGACAGCACAGUACUUCCUAGAAUUGGAACUCUUAGCCUCUGCGGAAAGCACUCUUUCUUCGAUUUCUGGUGAUUUUUCCCUUUUGCCACUCGUACUAUCGGCAGCUAAGGAUGGUUCAGGAUCUGAAACGCAAACUCCGGUUCUCGUCAACACAGAAAACACUCAUGAAGGAAGCCUAUCAUUUAUCUUCCAAGACAAAAUAAUCGCGAAUUUUCUAUUCGGAAAGCUUUUAAAGCAAAUUUUAACUAAUGAAGGCGAGCUUGGUGAGGUUGUGAACGUGGUAGUCAAAGACAGCCAGCUCGUGUUGAACAUCCAAGGCCCACUCAUAAGGCAAAUAGUAAUUCGGUGCCAUGAAGACACCAUCAAAGUGAAAACCCACUUGAUUCACUAUUCUCAAAGCCGUAGAAAAGUUGAGAUUGUCCGAGAAGAAGUUCCACCAUGCAAUUGUUCUCCUAUUGAGACGGUGAUCGCUGACAAAAUGGAAAAAUGUGCUCGUAAUUUUGGCAUUCAUUUCGAGACAAAAAGUGAUGAUGCCUGGUGUACUGCGUCACAACUGACUGGAAACGCUAGGGACAUUUCAAUGAGAGAGCACCAGCCGCUAGAAAUGCAGCUUAAAGCAGAACGUCCAAGCCCUAUUUCUUCUCUUCCAACCUUACCUUCCAGACAGUCGUUCCUGUCGGAAUCAUCGACACAAACAGAUUCCUUGAGUAUUCCCUCAACAUCUGAUCUUAGUACUCAAACAGAGGUCAGUGACUCUUAUGACUCUGAAAAUCUAGUGGAGCCCACAUCAUCAUCCAGUAAAGUAAGUUUAUCACCAUCAUUACCUCCAUCGUCAUCGUCAUCAUUAUCUUCGUCAUCAUCACCUUCAUCAUCAUCAUCAUCAUCAUCAUCAUCUUCAUCAUCAUCAUCAUCCUCCGGUGAAGAAGGUACUGAUGAGGUCUCCAGAAGGUCAAGGUCAGAGCCAGAAGAGAAAGUUAAAUCCUUGGUGUAUUCCGUCUAUUCGUGUGGUUUAGAAUUGGAGAAACGCGGAAGAGAAGUUCCAAAUCUUGCAAAUUCAGAGUUCAACUAUAGUAGCAACGAUGUAGAGGAAGGACAGACAAAUCAACCACCACUCGUUCUGCCAUUAACUUUGAGGGUUCAGACGGAUGGAAAAUUACGCAAGAGUAAAGAAAACCUUGAGAAGUGUAUUCAAACCGAUGAUUGGCUAGGGAAUUCUAUGGAUGAUGAAGUUGAUGGUGCAAUGAAAAAUGUUUCGUGUGAAAGUUCUGCAAUCCAACAUUGUCUUCCCUGUUAUUCCUCCAUGGGAUCUACUGAACCACCUUUUCAAAGGGAAGGCGGUGUGACUGACAACCUUCCACGAAUUACAGACCAGGUAGAACGUCAUGGUGGUGCCGCUGCCUCAACCAGUUCGUGCAAUGAUGCCACGGAUGAAAACCGAAGGAAUAGGGAAUGUAAAGUCGAUUCGAAGUCACUGAAAGUUUCUCAAGAGAUGAAAAACAAGAAUCAAGAGUAUCUAUCUGGAAGAAGUCACAACACAAGGCCUGGGGAAUUUACAGGCUUAAAGGGUGGAGGAAAAGUUCCAUUUUUCUCUAACAGGGGCCGAAGUUACGAGAAUCGCGAAUCGGUUACUUACUGGAACGACAAGGACGCAAAGCCUGAGAAGGUUAGACCACAAGAUGAUAUGCGAAACACCAUAGAUAAAAAAGAAUCAAACUUCUUUGGUAUAAGGCCUUGCUUCCUUGCUCGUCACUCAGAUGACAGUUGCAUUACCACUCCUAUCGAUGACAUGGGGAAUACGAGGGAAAACGCCAUUGGAGGGUCUUCCAACACCUUGUCAGGGAAUCAAGGGUCACCUUGUUUAACUAAUGAGCAAGACUAUCGAGCUACGUACUCCUUUCAAGCCCCAUCGUUUCAGUCUGAAAGUUCAAAUGUAUCUGCUCACGCACAAGGUCCAAACCCUUACGGCUCCUUCGAUCCUAACCCUGCGGUCGGCUGGGAUCUACAAGUGCCUGUUCGUCCUCUACUCUCUCUUCCCUGCAACGGAUCGGAGCAUCUCAAAACGCUUUCCUGCGAUGAACGGCGAAUUGUAGUGAUAUCUCCGCAUGCUUUAAUGAAUGGUUACACGCCGUUGGCGCAAACACCCCUUCUACCAGAACAAAGAAAAGUCGAGGAUCAACGUUCUGAUCCUGAAGUAAAACAGGAGAGAAAGUAUGAUUUUAAAUUAAUGAAUGGAAAUCCUGCAAGUUUAUCUAAUACCACUUCAAUUACACAAGGCCUUGUCUCCCCUGAAAUGGAAAUCUCCACUCUACCACGAGCAGCCACUAACAGAAAUCUGACAUGGGAAACAAGAAUACUUGCAGAUCAGGACACUGCUUGCCAAGGGCCACCGUCUCUCUCAAAUUGUGAUUCGUUAGCUGACCUAGAGCUACAAGUGGCCGAAACUUGUUCCUUUGUCGAAAAAACCUUGAAAAAAAGACAAGUAAAGAAAAAGGCAAUGAAGGAAAAAGAGCGAAGGAAAAAAGAAGAGCGGGCCAGGAAAGAACAACAAGCACGUGAAGGAAGAGAAAGGGAGGCAAGUGAAACAAGACAAACGGAAUGUAGGAAUGACAGAGAGGAAGUCAGUAACCCGAAGAGCGGUGGAAGGGAAACACCUACGCAAACAUCAGCUGGUGCUGAGGGUCGACAAUGGCUCUGUGAACAUUAUAAGCGGCUCUGCCGUGUCAAGUUCCCAUGCUGUGGAAAGUUCUUUCCCUGUCAUCGUUGUCAUAACAACUCUGGGUGUUCAAAUGAUAAUUCCAAAGCAAGAGAGGCGUGUUAUGUUGAGUGCUCGGUUUGUAACCAUCAACAAGAGAUCAACCAGGACGCCCAAACCUGUGCUAGAUGUAAAACAAAGCUCUCGGCAUAUUUCUGCUCUAUGUGUAAACACUUCACGGGCACAGACAAAAAUCCAUAUCACUGCACAAAAUGUGGUAUCUGCCGCAUUUUCAAAGACCGCUCCUUCCACUGUGAUGUGUGUAACGUCUGUCUGGACAAACGGCUAGAAGGAAGACAUUCUUGUCGAGAAAAUUCAGGACAUGAUGAGUGCUGCAUCUGUUUGGAGUAUGAAGCAACUGCACACUUUUCACUGCCGUUAAAUAUGGAUUCCAAUAAGGACGCAUUCAGCGGUUGUCAAAUCUUGCCAUGCUCACACAAGGUUCAUAGAGAGUGUGCCAUUGCAAUGAUUCAGAAUGGCGUUCGUAGCUGCCCAAUUUGUCGUCAUCCUCUAUACAGUUAGACGAAUGGCAACGAGUGAAUGACAACGUCCAUCCCAGGCCCUUCUCUUCUCGCCUCGUUGAUGAAAUAGAGAGGACUCUGUGAAUGGAGUUGAAAGGAUGUUUUUUUUUAAUUUCUUCUAGAUAAUUUUUAGGUGUUCAGAGUUUGUUGACCUUUUAGCAUAAAUUCUAUAACAGCUUUAGUACUUAAAUUCAAUGGAGUUGUCUGAUUGUCCUGGUAAGAAGGCACUACCUACUCAGAACUUCUCACGCCCAGACGAUCAGACUACACAAUCGUAUCUUGCCCCAAGUUUAAAAUAUAUAUUGUACUAUCUUUUUUAGUUUCAUUGAUCGGUACGUUUUUACAUAAGUGUGACAUUUAGAAUUCGAACAAAUGUAUUAGGUUUAGGUGUGUGAAGUGCAGGUGAUAUGUAGGUCUCCAGAAUCAAACUAUCAAAACGUUAUCGCUACUUGUAAAAUAUUGAGUUUUUUCACCGACAACCCAGAAUUUAGAGAGGCAAGUUAAAUAAGUCGUCGAUGCUGAUCUCAAAUUUCGCGUAUAGAAAGCCUGGCUUAAGAUUUCCUUAGGUAUAUGUAUCCAGGAUAUUGAGUUGCUUCGGUAAUGAAAGAUACUCUGGCGAAAAAAAAAAGCAAACAAACAAGAACAAAACAGAACUAAUAUCGUCGAUUAUUCUAAACGUAUUACUAUACAACACUGCAUAAAUUCUAAAAUGACUCGAUUUAUCCCAAGGGGCUCUUUCCUCGCAAAUUUUGGCAACUUCGCGGGUCAUAUUCUGAGAUCUUAAUCUAAGGAGUAGUAUAGCGGGCAUUCGCUCAAAACCCAGCCCGUUCUGUUUCGUUUUCAUAAAUUUUUUAUAGUUUGAAUUUCAAAGCUAUUGAUAUCUGAGAAACGGCAUUUUCGGACCAAUGACUACCGGAACUUUCAGUAAAUGGGCUCCUGAGCAAUCAAAAAGACUAAAUUUGUAAACUAGAACGUAAAAUUUUGCAUUCAAAAUUGAACAACUUCGCGUCUAUGAGAAACGAUGAGAAAUUCAGCGUGAGUUCAUCGCUUAUUUUGGGUUGGUUGCUGAAUUGAAUCAUUCUAUAUGGCACAAAAUUGAGUAACAAAUGAUCCUAUAAGUUAGCUUUAUGAAGAAUACCGCAUGCUUUUAGUUAGUUCCUUGUUCAUAAUUUUUUUUUAAA